CACGUGAAAUGCCCCCAUUCUUUGCUGCCCGGUAGGAUGGGUUAAUUCCUUUUUGGUCUUCUUGAGUGCAACGAAAACCACCGCAUAACUCAAGAUUUCGGCAAAAUGGGAGAUAAUGUGACAACCGAGUAAUUGUGUUUUUAUUGUCUGGUGUUUUUUUGCGCUAACCUUCUGCACAGAUUUAAGCCCGUGAGGGCGUGUAUCUUCGAUAUGGACGGUCUCCUCAUCUCUACAGUAUGAUGCCUUAAAUUUACAAUAACGGUUGGCUGACUUUGUCCUUAGGAAGACAUCUACACUCUAUGUGCCAACAUCGUACUAGAACGAUAUGGCAGACCUCCGAUGCCAUGGUCAAUCAAGGCGAAACUCAUGGGAGUUCCUGGAUCCUCAGCCGGCGACGUUUUCCACGCAUGGGCUCAAGUACCUAUUCCCCGUGAACAGUUCGACAAGGAACGAACAGAUCAACAAAUCAUACAUUUUCCCAAUUGUCAACCUUUACCUGGCGUCGAGAAGCUUCUGACUCACCUCAAAUCCGCACAUACCAAGAACGAAGACAAGGUCCACAUUGCCUUGGCAUCAAGCUCCAACAAAUCCAGUUUUGCUUUAAAAAUUCAAAAUCCCGCGGUGAAGAAAAUGUUUGGGGCUUUUGAUGAGAAUCGUCGUGUUCUGGGUGAUGACCCGCGAGUUGCAAAGGGACGUGGGAAGCCAGCUCCAGAUAUCUUCUUACGGGCUCUUGCCUGUAUCAACGAAAGUCUCCCAGAGAGAGAAAUACCAAUAACCCCCGAGGAAUGCUUGGUUUUUGAGGAUAGUGUCCCUGGAGUCGAAGCAGGGAGGAGGGCCAACAUGAGAGUGGUUUGGGUACCCCAUGUUGGUCUGGCUGGCGAGUUUAAGGGUAAGGAAAAAGAAGUUCUUGCGGGUAGAGUAGGUCUGGUCAAAAUAGGCGAUGAUUGGCAACUUGGAGAGAUUGAUGAUGGAUGGGCUACAAGUCUCCCUACUUUAGAAGGCUUUCCUUACGAGAAGUAUGGGAUUCAGUCUCAGUCAUGAUACGUACUUACGGCAUGAGAUAACC